AGUCCCCAAAGAGCCGCCAGCAGACCAGACCAACAUUAACAGCAAGAGCAGGUGGGCAGGCCUCAGCCCUCCUCCCCCACCCCCACGGCCAGCUGCAGCCGAACCCGAAGCCACCUGCCGCGCCAGCACGAUGGUCCGCUGCCGCGCGAGGAGUCCCAGCGAGUGUCCACCGCAGGGGCAGGGGCGGCAGCAAGAGGGCCGGGAGCAGGAGCAGGAGCAGACGGUUAACCAGGAGGACGUCCCGGUGGAAGGAAGGACCCACAGGGGCCGCUAUCACUACCGGCACAGGCACUGUUCCCGCAGGCGGCGGUACAGGGUCCACAGGCGGCGGCGGCGCUCCUGCCGGAGGCGGCGCCGGAGACGCACCUGUAGACACCGGAGGCACCACAGAGGCUCCAGAAGGGUCAGGAGGAGGAUACACAGAAGACGGCACUAAACCUUCCUGGGAUGGAAAUUAAGGAAAAGUCACCUGCCACGGAACCACCUCGCGAGGCCACAGCCAUCCCCCAGCAUCGGAUGUCCGAGCCCCGAGUUUGCAAGGAGCCCACAACGUCUUGAGUAACACGAGCAAAAGUCACCUGCCAAAUAAAGCUUGAGA